UUUCGUUUAUUUAAAAUCUCGUCGUCGUCAACGGUGAGAAAUAAGAGAUCACAUAAAUUGUACUUCGUCAGCUCAGCAAUCGUAGAAAUAAUAAAACAACCCAUUAACCACAUACUUUCUUAUCUCAACUAAAUGACGCCCGCUAGUUAUCUGUAUAGAUAAUGGAUGACACGGGCAACAUUUGUGUAGAUAUUAAAUGAUACGAGCGACAUCUAUAUCGAUAAUGAUGUUUUAACCCUCAAAUAAACCUAUUAUUUUCAUGACCCUUCUAAAUAAAAACCUUAUGUUUUUGCCAGUUAGAACAAUCAGGGUAAAGAACCGAGGGUGAUAAAGGGGGUGAAAUCGUCGUUUUCUUUGUGAUACACAACAGUUAGUAUUCGUGGUAUUUUUUGUUUGAAAGUUCUCGUGCGACACGUAUGGCCCAUAAGUAGUUUGGUACAGAAAAAUGUGCUUAUAAAGUCGAUAGGGUUAUGGAGUCCAUCUAGAAUUAAAAAGUUAUGGUUGUUGUUAAAAAAAAAGGAACCAUAUUUACAGGGGUCGAGGACUGAUACAACAGUAAACUAAAGAACUCGUAACUAGGUCGAGGACUGAUACAACAGUAAACUAAAGAACUCGUAACUAGGUCGAGGACUGAUACAACAGUAAACUAAAGAACUUGUAACUGGGGUCGAGGACUGAUACAACAGUUUCAACUUCACGAAGAGAUUGUACCUCAUCUGAAGGUUUUUCCAAUGUCAGUGAAACGCCACCUACCGGACGUUUAAUGUUCUAUUUUCAUAUUACAUCAUGUCAGUUCCUAUUUCAAAGGAAACCAUUAUGGACAGCUUAAUAGCCGAAAUUCAAGCCCAAAACAUCACCUUCUUCGGAAACAAUAGCCUCUUCGAAAAUUACAGUAAUCUUUUCCAAACUACGCCCUUCCAUGAUUACGUCACGUCCAUUCCAUCGGUACAAGUUUUCUUUUACUGCCUCUAUGUGAUCAUCUUCGUCACUGGCAUCUGUGGUAACGUUUUGGUCUGUUACGUUGUGUUUCGAAAUAAAUCAAUGCAGACAGUGACCAAUAUCUUUAUCACUAACCUGGCACUGUCGGAUAUCCUCCUCUGUACAUUUGCAGUCACUUUUACGCCUCUGUACAUAUUCUUACGCCAGUGGAUCUUUGGAAGUGUCUUCUGUCACUUGCUGACCUAUGUUCAAGGCGUGAGUGUCUACAUUUCGGCAAUUACUCUAAUGUCAAUCGCUAUUGAUCGUUUCUUUGUCAUAAUUUACCCUUUCCAACCUCGCCUGAAAGUCAGCUGGUGUCUGAUGAUUGUUGUCUCUAUCUGGAUCAUAGCAGCUUUGCUGACUAUGCCCUACGGUAUCUUCAUAAGCUUAAUUGUCGUAAGAGGGCGUCCAUACUGUGAGGAAGAGUGGCCCCAUGAAACAAGCAGAAGAGUUUUUGGUUUGUGCACAUCCGUGUUGCAGUUUGUGGUUCCUUUUAUCAUUAUAAGUAUCUGUUACUUGAAAGUGUGUACCAAGCUGCGGGACAGAGCCAGGACCAAACCAGGAAACAAAUCUUUGAGAAAAGAGGAGUUGGAGCGGGAAAGAACCAGAAAAACCAACCGGAUGUUGAUAGCCAUGGUGGUUAUCUUUGGAGUUUCGUGGCUUCCACUGAACGUGUACAAUCUGGUCGUAGAUUUCCACAUCCCAGCACUCUCGUGGGAGUAUCUAACCCUCUUCUUUGUCCUUUCACAUUCAAUAGCGAUGAGCUCCACUUGUUACAACCCCUUUCUUUAUGCUUGGCUAAACGAGAACUUUCGAAAAGAGUUCAAGAUGGUUUUGCCUUGCUUCAAGGUUCAGCCAACUCCCAGAAAGGGCAACAGCGCCAAGAACGAGCGAACGUGCAAUGGUCACGACACGGUUCAAGAGUCCUUGCUACCACGGUCUAAUUCUUUAAGAAGGGAGGCCUGCCAGCAAGAAAAGGCGAUGUCGGUCAAGUACGUGACGGAAACGGACAAAGUGAAACUUCAGAUUGUUAACAAUGAAGAUGAGGCUGUUUAACCAUUUAAUCGAAACGCACAUUCACAAACAUUUCUAUUAACUGCUUACUGUUGAUGUUUUUUUUUAUCCAUUAUUGUAAUUCUUCCCGGAAGAGGGAGCUGAAAACGUUGCAUCAAAAUUUCGUAGAGCAUUGUUCUCUGUUUUCUGAGAUACUGAAAUGUGCCAAGAGCUUCUGAUGGUCGUUGUAACUCUACUUUCUGUUCUCUGCGUCCAUCAGAGUUAUCUGAAAUCAUGUAAUGAAAUGUGUCCGUCAUUUACUGGACAUUGAUGGCCGUCAUAAGUUCUUAAGAUAACAUUUAAAAAAACUUAUAAAACGGUGGCCUAAAGAAUUACUGACUAACUUUUGAAGUCAUUGUUGUAUCGUCACCGAUAGGACAACUAUAAUUCUACGGACAUACAAUGCUAAAAUACGAGGUCCGAUACCUCGCGGUGGACACAGCAGAUAGCCCAAUGUGGCUGUUGCUCUAAAUAAACGCUGUUGUAUCCAUUGUACUGUUUGUAUUACCAAGCUAUAUUGAAAUAUCUUACGGUAGCAUACUGUAUUUUUUGGUGUAAAUAUCAAAGUGUUUGAACUUUUAUUGUCCACAAAUAUUUAGGGAACUUCAUAACUUUUUUUCCCCUUUUGGCGAAAACAAAAUACUGUAAAUUACUGACAGCUACUUUGUGUGUUCUGAGUUAUUGCCAACAGUUGGUUUAUAUAUAUUGGACAGAGCACCUGUGAACUGGAUUCUUCUAGCUUCUGUGGUCACCAGAUCAAACUUGUUUAAUAAGACUGAUGAUGUGCUGUUUAAAGAUAUGUUAGACCAGCACUAUAUUAGUGUAACCACCUUUUUUUGAUCAAUAUAUGGUUACUGUAACCAUGGUUAUGGUGUUGAUAACACCAAACUUCUGGAUUAACUCUCCCGCGCGAGGUCGAAAGGUCAAAGGUGAUUAAAACUCUUAGAUCAAACCAGUAUAUGGUUAUUGUACUCAUGACUGUGUUUUGACGAGACCAAACUUCUGGAUUAACUCUCCCGCGCGAGGUCGAAAGGUCAAAGGUGAAGAGCACAUUUAUUGCUCCAUGACCAAAUUUAUUGUUUCAAGACUAAACUGAAGAUGAAGAUAAAAAAAGAAGAAAAAAACUUCCGUUUCGAAGUUAACAUAUUGGUUUGAAUAAUGACGAGGUUGUGACCACCUAAAAUAACUGAUAAAUGUUAGUUUUUAAGACUGUAACAAUCGUAGCGUGUGGUCGAAUAUAACUUGAUAAAAUCCUGGGUUUUAUCCGUACGAGAUUCUGAUGGUGUUGAAACUUCAAAAGAUCAGAAGAUGAUAAGUCAGUCCACUCUCCACUGCCAGGAAGACUGUGGAAGUGUUGUCUCUCUGACUCACUGGUCAUCUCUGUCAGUAUAAGUCAGACGAGGUUAAAACACGGGGGCUACACAAUCUUUCUAAAAGGGUGGAGAGCUGGGUAAUGGUAAAAUACAUAUAAAUACACGCAUUGUGUUUUUUCUUUAGUGAAGAAUAUGUUGUGACGAAAUUUCUUUUAUUUUUUCUUUCGCCCUGUAGCUCAGUAUUCGCGCGUGCUAGAAUAUGUUCCUGUGGUAAUUUGUGGCUAUUUGUAACUGUAGCUAGUGGUAUAUAUAUAUAUAUAUAUUACCUUGAUAAAACGGUUUUAUUCAGAGCUUUUACUCGUAAUAACCACGAAAAGAGAACAUAUACUUCGUUAAACUUGUUUAUAUAUACAUAUGCUUUACUGUCAGCCUCUGUGUGAAAAUACACGUUAGGUGGGACUAUAUAUAUAUAUUUACAUGCAUAUGCCUCUUAACAACCAAAGAAACUCAUUUAUGUCAUUUAUUUAUAUUCAAAAAUGCUUUUCUGAAGCGGACAUGCAUGUUUUUUUAAAACGUGACAAGUAUAGAACUAAAGUCCGGUUAUAAGACCCUUAUGUUUGUUUAAAACUUGACAAGUAUAGAACCAAAGUCCGGAUAUAAGACCCUUAUGUUUGUUUAAAACUUGACAAGUAUAGCACCAAAGUCCGGUUAUAAGACCCUUAUGUUUGUUUAAAACUUGACAAGUAUAGCACCAAAGUCCGGAUAUAAGACCCUUAUGUUUGUUUAAAACUUGACAAGUAUAGAACCAAAGUCAGGAUAUAAGACCCUUAUGUUUGUUUAAAACGUGACAAGUAUAGAACCAAAGUCCGGUUAUAAGAACCUUAUGUUUGUUUAAAACUUGACAAGUAUAGAACCAAAGUCAGGAUAUAAGACCCUUAUGUUUGUUUAAAACUUGACAA